AUGAGACUAGAGCAGAGUAUUGCAUACUUCUCAAUUAUAGAAAACGAAGAUAAGAUCAUAGGGUGUGGAGAACAGGGUUUCCCGUCCGCCAUCCGCGCGCACAUCCUCACAUCCAUCGAGGAGGAGUUGCACAAGCCCCUGUCGUGGAUGCGCAUCUCCGCCGUGGACCACCAGCGCAUCCUCAAGGACCCCUCCCUGCUUCCAGCGGUGGACCCGGCGCCAGUCGACGCGGUCAAGGCGGGGCUGGAGCUGAUCGUCCACGACGACGCCGCGCGCUACGACAGGCUCUCCGUGGAAGAUUCGCGGAGCUCUUUCGCGAACCCCCAUAUUCUGUCUGUACGGAUACACGCCGGACUGCCGGUGUCGGCGGUCGUGUGCUUGAUGGUGGACGGGGAGGUGCUGCGCACGGUGAGCCAGGACCUGCGCAAUGAGUACGGCGAGGGCCCAUUUGUCAAGGCUGUUGAGCGGUUGCCCUGUCUGGGACCCGACUACGAGGGCUGGUUCAAGGUCGCGCUGACCUAUCUAUGGCAGCUGGUCAUGCGGGCGGCCAACAGCGGUGGUAUGGAUCAGUUCUUGCCGCCGAAACGGCGCGCCACCGGUGAGCGGCCUAUCUAUAAUGGCUCAUGGCCAAUGGAUGUGGAUAUGGAGUCCUUCGGCAUUGACCCUGAUGAGUUAGCUGAGAUUGAGGCGGACUAUGCAAGGAGGGAGUAG